AUGACGAUGACAAUUCAGGAGCAGCUGGCUGAGAAACCUCACAAUGGAGAUCCCCAACCAGUUCAAUAUGUCGGGACAGUGGAGGCGUACGAUAAGUGGGCAGAGGUCUACGACACAGAUGGUAACUUCCUUCAACGCAUCGACACGAUUGAAAUGCGGGCACUGCUCCCUCAAUUCCUAGACCGAGUGAACGCACGCUUCCGGACCCAGUCACAAUUAUCCCCACUGAAGCUACUCGACCUGGGAUGCGGCACGGGCAGAAACACGAUCCAGCUACUUGAAGCACUAUCCAUGCGCCAAGAAAGCGGAGCUAUUUUGCUCCCCGAGGCAGAAGUCGUGGGUCUUGAUGCCUCACCCGGCAUGCUAGAGGUAGCGCGAAGCGCAAUCCAGGCCGCCGUCACGGAGAAGGGCCUCCAGGGCAUGCCGGAGGUUUACUUGGGCGUCGUCAAUCUCCUGCAAGGUGCAUCGGCCAAGACACAACUACCUCCAUCGCUGCAGGUGUCGGGUGCUGCUGGUGUCAUUUCCACACUCGUGCUUGAGCACAUUCCCGCGAAGGAGUUUUUUGAGGCGGCGUCGGCGAUGAUGGUGCCCGGCGCGUAUCUACUGGUGACAAACAUGCACGCGGAUAUGGGUGCGAUUAGCCAGGCUGGGUUCACGGAUCCGCAGACCGGGGUCAAGAUCCGACCCACGAGCUAUUGUCACACCGUUCCCGAGGUGUUGGCGGCGGCUGAGAAGGCUGGUUUCCAGAUGGAGCAGUUAAUGGGCGAGGAAGGGGAGAAUGGAGUCCUGGAAAGGGGGGUCGAUCAACAGUUGGGUGAGACGUUGGGUGCACGGGCGAAGAAGUGGGUUGGAAUCAGGGUCUGGUUUGGGAUUUGUUUCAGCAAAACAUAG